GAGAUGAUCCACAGUUGUGGUUAAAGCAUUAAUGUGCAAACACACCGAGACUGUUUUUGAUACCGCUGUGGACAGCCCGUAGCUGCAACUUGAUAACCUGGAAGUUUGCUUGUCCUAAGUGGGGCGAUGACACAAUUAGCAGAGAGCCGGCGGGCACUUGUGAACUGUUGGGGGAUUCCAGUCGUCCUCUGGACUGCCGUCAAUUUAAUUGGUCUGUCUGUGUCCGCCGAAUAUAACCUGAGAACUGUUGCGGGUGGCCAUAUUCGAGAAAGGAAUGAUAGACAACAUAAUGCAGCACAGUUGCCGCGGCGUACCGAACCGACACCAGCUGCAUUGCCAGUACUCGCCUACAGAGACGGCCGUCGCUUCCAACGAAUCUCUCGUCACGAUGUUGUUAUGCAGUCGGCACGCGCGAAGGAGCUACCGAAUGCUGACGUUACACCACCAGUGAAACCAGGGUUUCACCCCGUAUCGCCGGAAGUGCAAGGUGAGAUCAAGGAAGCUGAAGCAAGACAAGGAGAGAAUCGAGAUUUCAGAGAUUGGGACAUCGGAUCUCACCAUGACGUCGUGCAGAAGAAUGAACAUACACUGGGGGCCAAACCCCCUAACUCCAGUUUGGCUCGUGGCCUAGCUGGGGCAAAGCAUUAACCGGCAGGUUUUGGUGACCCUUUUCACCGUUUCCUACCAUUCUGUGAGUCAGCUUUAAACAUUCAUGGGUAACCAUUUGCUGCGUCCCUGAGUGCACGUUAAUAAACUUGGGAUCGUUGUUACUGGUCUGCAGAAAAAUACAUUUUUCUGAGCUUCAUCUUCCCUCAGAACAUUUUCUGGAUUGAUGAUGCAUUAGCUGAUGAACGCAUCUUGUGCUUAGAGAUCAUUGGAUUCACCCCCUGCUGCGUGCUUUGCUAAUUAGUAGUGCUCCA